AUGAUUGAUGAAACUUCAGACAUAUCACGUCACGAACAAGUUUCUUUAGUAAUUCGUUAUACUGAUGAUCAAUUCAACAUUUAUGAACGAUUUAUUGGGUUUGAAAGAGCUUCUGAUACCAGUGGACAAGGUUUAUUUCAUUUAUUAUUAAACUGGUUGAAGAAAGUCGAUUUAAAUACUGAAUAUAUCGUUGGGCAAUGCUAUGAUGGAGCAAGUGCCAUGCGAGGCAAAUUCAAAGGUGUUUCAACUCGUAUUACACAGAUUAUUCCAACAGCUUUAUAUGUACAUUGCAAUGGUCAUGUUCGAAAUUUAUGCUUAGUGGAUGUAUCCGAAGCUGUUGUAGAUGUUCGUAAUUGUUUUGGUGUUGUAAAAUCACUCUAUAAUUUUAUUGAAGCAUCACCCAAACGACAUCAAGUUUUUAAAGAUUUACAAAAAGAAUGUGGUGUUGUACCUGUUUCGUUGAAAGAAUUAUGUGAUACACGUUGGACUUGUAGAUACGAAAGUUUAAAAGCUAUUUCCAGUCGAUUUUCAGAAAUAUUGUCUACACUGGAAUUGAUUGAAAGUGGUGAUUCAUUUAUUCUGUUGAAUGUAUUAAAAACUUUUGACUUUGUUUUUCAUGUUUAUAUGAUGAGUGAAAUUUACCUAAUUACAUGCAAAUUAUCGAAAUUUUUACAACAUUCAAAUAUAACUUUAACUGAUGCAUUAAGACAAGUGAAAGUAACAAUUGAUGCACUUCAAUCAUUACGAAAUGAGUCUGAUUUUAAAAGAAUCUGGAAUGAAUCAAUGAAGAUUUGUACAGCUAAUAAUAUUGAUGAACCCAAAGAACGUCGAAAACGAAAAGUUCCACUACGUUUUGGUGGAGGUGAUAUUAAUCCAGCGAAUUUAACCAUUGAAGAUCGAUAUCGUGAUAAUUCAUUUUAUGCCGUUUUAGAUACUAUUAUUACAUCGAUUAAAGAAAGAUUUGAUGAAAAUUAUUUAGCUAUUAUAGUUUUGAGAUCGUCAGUAAAAUUUUUCCGUAUAGCACAAAAGGAUGAAAAAGUUUCUGAAUUACUUGAAAUUAUUGAUCAUAUGUUAGCUGACAAUGGUGGCAGGGUAUACACAAAUCAAGUAUUUCAAGCUGUAGCGACUGCAGUAGAUGAAGCAAACAAGAAAACAGAAGCAGAUGACAUGAAUAUCAAUGAUUUUAUGGCAAAACGCGAUCCAAAAUUAGUACAGUUAAUGGAAAAAUGUGGUAAUCGUUUUUUGGCUGUUAACAAUCGUUGUUCAGCAGAACAAAAGGAUGAAAAAGUUUCUGAAUUACUUGAAAUUAUUGGUCAUAUGUUAGCUGACAAUGGUGGCAGGGUAUAUACAAAUCAAGUAUUUCAAGCUGUAGCGACUGCAGUAGAUGAAGCAAACAAGAAAACAGGUGGACGAUUUAAACAAGUUGCACCAGAUGGUUCAAUUAAUUUACUACCUCAAACAGAAAAAAUUGUUGUCGAAGCACUUUUACGAAACACCAGCUGA